UCAUCCCUUGUUUGCUUCAAACAAGUUCCCACAUCGUACACAAGUACACGUCACGCCUCUAUCGUCAACUACCGGCCUCCACCUCUUCCCGUGCCAUCAUGUCUUCCCACUACAACUCCCACUACACCCUCCCCUUGCCCGUCCCCUCUCACAAGGGCCAACACUACCCAAGCUACAGCAGCACCUACUCAGUAUCGCCUCCAGAGACAGAUGAGUCCGUCAGCUCUGGCACCGGCCCAUCAUACAGCAACAGUGGCUACUCUGGCGGCUACUCGGUGGCCAAUUCCAGCUACGCCGGAAGCAACAGCGGUGACUACGAGAGCACCCACCACUCGGCCAGCGGAGUCGACUUCAACGACUACAUGCAGGACCGCUUCGCCCAGACCUUUGACCCCAUCCCCCUCGACCGCAACAUUGCGGUCCAGGCGCAAACAUCCGGAAAGCUCAACGCAAAGCACCGUGAGCUGCUGGAGCUGCAAAAGAAGGCACAGGCUCGUCUCGCAAAGACGCGCGAGCGCUUCAACGAGGGUUACCGCGACGCUCAGGACGUGCGCGCGGACCUCGAGUGGACGCAGAAGAAAGUCUCAUCGCUCAAGAGCAAGACUUCUCGCAAGCACACCAAGGAGUACAACAAGGCCCGCGCUCGCUACCCGUCGCCCGAGUACUAGAGAAUUUCUUGGUACUCUGGGUGUUGGCUGCGGAUUGAGUUGCGAAAGCUUCUCAGCCGCGCGAUACCGACGACGUUGAAGCAAGCAGCGAGCUUCUCCUUUUUUUCAGCCUUGUGUUUUUCUAGCGUCCCAUUUUCAACUGCGACCAAAGAAAAAAGUUCUAGCCUGCCGUCACCACCAUUUUACUACUACCACACAAAAACGCACGACAUACACACAUCCCUGCCGACAAAACUGCAGGAACGAAGAUACCAGAUUCCCGGAGAUUUACUUUGCAUUUGAUUU